AUGUGCAACCCGACCGACGUAGUCUACCUCUGCCACGGCGGCACCUUUUGCCAAGGCGGCCCGAACGGCACGCGCGCCGUGACGGCCGUCAAGCCGUGGAUGGACAGGGGCGCCAUCCGGCGGCCGCGGCAGCCGUUCCAGCUCUGCGAGUACACGAAGGCGCAGAGCGGUCGGUACCACAACUUUGCGUCGGAGGAGCUCGGCAUCGACGGGUUCCAGCCCACGCGGCUCCUCAGCCCCAUCAUGGCGCGCAUCAACCAGGGCUGCCGGAAAGCAGAGGCGGCGCAGGUGGUGGCCAAGGACGGGUGGGAGUGGACGGCGGACUCGGGCCGGUGGUGGUCGUGGCAGCAGUGCCAUGCGUACUUUGCGGCGAACAUGUCGCGGGACAUGAUGGCCUGGGAGGCGAGCAUCGUGAAGGACGCGUACGACAGCGUGUCGGAGCUCGACCGGUGGACUGCGGAGAUGCAGCGCGUCAACCCUGGGGUGUUUGACGACUUGGAGCGGUGGAGGGAGGAGGCUCAGGAGAACGAUCCGGCCAUGUUCGAGGACUUGGACGAGGUGGAUGGGCAGGACGGUCUUAGUGGACAGUAG